AUGAGAAUAUCAGCAAAAGUAUCAAAAAAAUUUUUUGGUAUGGUAAUAAGAAGCCGUAAAAGCAUUCUAAACGACGGUGUCAUGACGACUUCAGGUAUAGGUGAACCGAAUGUGUAUCAUGCUUUGGUUGUUAUUUUUUUGGAAUUCUUUGCCUGGGGUCUUCUUACCAUGCCAAUUAUUGCAGUACUCAAUGAAACUUUUCCAGAUCACACAUUUCUCAUGAAUGGCAUUAUAAUGGGGAUAAAAGGAUUUUUAUCAUUUUUAAGCGCUCCCCUCAUUGGUGCUCUCUCCGAUGUUUGGGGUCGUAAAUUUUUUUUAUUAAUCACAGUAUUUUUUACUUGUGCACCAAUACCAUUAAUGACUGUUAACACUUGGUGGUUUUUUGCUAUGAUUAGCAUCAGCGGAAUAUUUGCUGUCACAUUUUCCGUUGUAUUCGCAUAUGUCGCUGAUGUCACAGAAGAAAGCGAAAGAAGUUUAGCAUAUGGCUUGAAGCUCUAUCGUUUUAUAUUAAAAAUUUCUCUUGUUAUUGGAUUCUCUGUUUUUAACGUGGCCGUGUAUAUAGCGGUGAUUGGUAUUCUUUCGGUGGUGGCACAAACUGUUUUGUGCAUUUUGAUGCGUUCUCUUGGCCCCAAACGCACAAUAAUGGUCGGGCUAUUGUUUGAAAUGCUUCAGCUUAUGUGGUACGGUUUCGGAUCUCAAUAUUGGAUGAUGUGGGCGGCAGGAGUACUUGCAUCAAUUUCUAGUAUAACAUAUCCAGCUAUUAGUGCUUUCGUGUCUUUGCAUUCUGAAGCUGAUAAACAAGGUUUAGUACAAGGAAUGGUUACGGGUAUGCGAGGGUUGUGUAACGGUUUGGGUCCCGCCAUGUUCGGAGUCAUAUUCUAUUUAUUUCACGUCGAUUUAGACGAUAAACCAGUCGAUCACUAUCAGAUGACGAAUAAAACGGUUGGAAUAAUCGAAAAUGCUCCAAAGAUGAUACCCGGGCCUCCAUUUGUUUUUGGCGCCAUGCUGGUCAUGUGUGCUUUGUUAGUCGCAGAAUUUAUACCAUCGGAUUUGAACACGACGAGUUUGAAAGCAGUUUCUCGAAGGCAAUCAGGUUUAUCAGUUGAAGUUCACUACGAAAUUGAAAAACUUAAAAAACAUGAUGGCGGAGUGGUGGGUCCAUUAACUUCAUUGGUUGACCAUAAUUCAGUAGUACUCUAG